AUGCAGUCAAAUAAUUGUCAGAAUACUAGUAUGGAUAAACCUUUUUCUUUGGUGAAUGUUGUACCUGGUGUUACAGAUCACUUAAACAUUAAUCAAAAUAUGAAUCUUAUUCAGUUACAGGAUAAUCUUCCAAUGAUUACAAGAAAUUCAAAUUUACAAUCUAAUUCAUCUAAUGCUUCUAGUAGUUUAGUUAAUUCAUUCAACAGAACCAGAUGUUUACAAUCUAACUCUAUUCCAAAUAUUAAUUUAAAUUAUAAUAAUUCAUUUGAAAAUUUUGGUAAUAUAAAUAAUGUUAUUCAAUUAAAUAAUGAUUCAAAACAUAAUAUUUAUCAACAACAAUGUCCAAAUACUAAUCCUUUUAUUAGUCAUAAUUUAAAUUCAAAUAUAAAUCAAAAUCAAAUGAAAUAUGCAAACAUAAAGAAUAUUUUAGCAUCAAAUCAAAGUUUACCUUUAAACUCUAAUUUUCAUGGAAAUCCACCUCAAACAAGUAAUUUAAAUCAAAAUUCAAUUUCAAAUUCAAAAUUUGUAAACUCUGAUACACCUAUAUUACAUCCUCUUAUUCCUGUUCCUUAUUUUACAUUUGAAUUAUUUAACAAAGUAAACUUAAAUUCUCCUUUUAGUCAAGAAAAUAAUGGUUAUGAUUUACCAUUUAGUGACAUUACCUCAUUACGAUUUUUUUAUAAUUUUGGAAUUCAACAGUUUAAGAAUAUGGUUAAUAAACAACCAACAGUAAAAAGUAAUGAAAUUUCUGGUGAAAAACUUAAUCAAUUGUUACAACAACAUUCAUUUAAUGGUAAUCAAGUGACAUCAAAUAAUGAUAUUAAGGCAAAAUUAGGUGAAAAUUCUUUUACUAAAAAUUCAAAUUUUUCAAUGUUUCCUGGAACUUCAAAUAAUAUUAAUAUUCCAGGUCCAUUGAAUAAUAUUAAUUUAAGUAAUAAUUUAUAUAGAAAUAAUUUACCAUUAGACAAUCAAGUUAAUCUUUCAAUUGAUUCAAAAGAAUUUUCAAAAUUACUACAACAUCAAAAGAUGCUUGUUCAAGAUAUUCCUAAUAUUCAACAGCAACAACAUAAUUCUCUCAUUCAAAAUUCAUCAUUAGCAUCAUCAUAUAAACAAAAUUCAGUAUCAGACUUACAAAAUGUUGCACAAUCUCAACAAAUAGUUUUAAAUGAAUUAUUAUACAAUGCUAAUAUUUCUCAGAAUCAACCUUUAAUGACAGGUAGUCAAAGUUUGACAAAUCGUAUAAUUGAAAGAUUGAGUAAGACAAUUGUUAAAGAAAAUCAUAUUAAUGAUAAAAUAGAUGGCUCCACAAAUCCUAAAAUGAUUACUUCUGAAAAAGUAAUUAAAAAUUUAAAAUUAGUGGAAGUAAAAGAAGGAGAAGGCAACAUUACUUGUACAACAAAAAAUAAUCAACCAAUAAAUAAAAACAUUUUAGAAGACAAACCUUCAACACAUUCCUCAUCAAUAUUUGAAAAUUUAAAGGUAACAAAUUCAACCAACAACUUUAACAUACAUAAAAUUAAUAAUAAAGAUAACGAAGUUACCUAUUUAUUGAAUAAAACUAAUGGAAAUAUGCAUGAAUUUACCAAAAAAAUUCCUGUUUGUGUUUUUAGGAAAGUAUUUAAUAUUGUUAAGAUACUCAAUGAUAACGAUAAAAAGAAAUUUACUCCUGAGGUGAAUGACAACAAGAUACACAUUUUAGAAGAGUAUGAAGAUACAGUAACUUAUCAGGAAGAGUUGUUGGAAGUUAAAAGAAACCAUUUAUUACAUUUGAAAAUUCAUAAACAUGGUGUAUUAAAUAAUAAAAGUAAAAGUGAAUUGCUCAAAAUUAAAAGCAGUCUUUUAGAAACUAAAGAAGUAGGUAGUGAUUUGUCUUUAGAAGUUAUUAAUAACAAAAUCUCCGGCCCUUUUAAACGCCGUCGAGAAUCAUUUUUUGAAGGAGUAUCUUCAAGUAUCAACUUAAAUGAAUCUGAUAACAAUUUUUCCAUACAAAGUGAUGUUAUAGAAGAUAGUGGAAUUAAACGUUUCAAAAAAUCAAAUCCAGAAAAUGAUGAAAUGGAUUCAAAAGAUUUAAAUCACACAACUUCUAUUGAAUUGGCACGCGAAUCAAAAAGUCUCACACAUAACAAUGUCACAUCUCUUAUACCAUCUAAUAAUUUACAAAAACUAGAUUCAUCAACUGUAACAUAUUCAAAUGAAAAAUAUUUUAUUACUGAGAUGAAAGAUAAUACCUGUAAAAAUAUUAAUAGUCAAUUAACGUUUAAUGAAUUAUAUAAUGCAAAUUCAGAAAAAGAAAAUAAAGAUAUUAAAAAUUUUUCAACAAAAUCAAGCUUUUUAGAUAAAAAAUUUUUUACCAGUGUGAAUAUUAGUGAUUUUAUUAUUUCACCAUUUAUUGAAAAUUAUUUAACAUACUUUAAAAAUGAAUUGUUUCGCUUUUCAAAAAAAGAAAAGAAAAAAGAUAGUCAUGAUUCUACUUUAGUCACUUCAAGUGGUUUACCAAUUGUUAAACCAUUUGAAAAUCCGGUGGUUACCUCAAAACCAAAUAAUUUACAUAAAAAAAAUUCUUUUAAAGUUUUAGAAAAUGGCAUUGAUGGUAUAACUAAAAAUGAUAAAUCAUUAGAAGGUAUACCAAAUGUUUUUAAUUUUCAUGAUUUAACAAAAAUAAAUAGUAACAUUCUUCAAUAUAAUUCUUUACCUAUCAAUUUACCUGAAUCAUUUGGUGGUGGUUAUAAAUUACAGGCACAAAAUCAUUCUGAGAUAGCAUUUUGGAGGACCACCGAAUUGGAGGAAUUAUUAAAUCAAAAAUUAACUAAUUAA